GUAUGCGCCCACGUCGCGUCGAGCACCGUGUGUUCCGCAUAUCGCGUGUUUUUUACUCUUAUCGUUUCUUCGUCCGCUACCGGCAGUCCGCGAACACACGCACCGACGAACGUCCGCCUCCGCCGUCGACCAUGAUCCGCGGACCGAUCGUGGCCGCUGCUUUGCCGUCGCCGUCGUCCUCGUUGUCUUCAACGUUGUCGUUGUCGUUGUCGUUGUCGUCGUUAUCGUCGUCGUUGUCGUCGUUGUUGUUGUUGUUGUCGUCGUUGUCGCUGACGAGCGCCGACCAGACCGCCCUCGGGCGUCCGGUGGAGAUCCGCGCGGCCGUCAUACUGCCCGCCGAGUCCAAGUUCAUCACCACGCUGUCAAAGGUGAUGCCCGUGCUGGACAUCGCCGUCCGCGACUUGUACGCCAAGGGCAUACUCCGGGAGACGGACGUCACGUUCAGGUUCAUGCAAAAGGACGACAAGUGCGAGGACAUCGAGGCCAUGCGCUCCGGUUUCGAGCUGAUCAUCAACGGUCGAGUCGACCUGUUCCUGGGACCCACUUGCGACUACGGCGUCGAUCUCGUUGCAAGGAUGAUCAAGUUUUGGAAUGCACCAUUGCUCACAACGGGUGGAUUUACGAAUGAUUUUUCAUUGGACAAACAAGAUCCAAAAAGCAAGUAUUUCCUACUAGUGCGUACAGGCACUUUAGAUUUCCAGGACAUAGGGGACGUGGUAGUCAGCGUUUUAAAAAGGUAUUCAUGGAAAAACGUAUUACUCAUAUACGACAUUGACGGCUACUGGAGAGUGUCUGGAAAACAGUCUUGUGGAUUGAUGACAAAAACUCUGGUAGAGAUGUUCAAAGGAAAUGCGAGUAUUAGAUACAAUGCAUUCGAUCUGGCGAAAAAUCCGCAGAACAACCUGACGGAGAAUUUGCGCAACGAGGUCGGUUCCAAGCACACAAGUAAGUAUUGCACAUUUAUAAUAAUAUAAGGAGUUAUGUUACAUAGAUGACAAUUUUGGAAAUGCUGUUGUUAAGAAAUUUCAAAACACUACGUCAGAGGGUAGGUAGGUAGGUGGAUAGGCGUUUUCUUAAAACUUACAUGAAGAAUUUUAGACUGCACAUUACGUGCACGCAUUACAUCCUGUUUGAAACGAUUAAGUAAAUGUACCGAAUUCUAUGCAUUAUGAUGAAUCUAGUACCACGCCUAGACGCCUAUAGUACCUAUUGCAUAAUAAUUAUAAUAAUAUCAUAACAUAAUAUGCCUACCCAUAAAUAUUGCACCACAUUU